GUACCUACUCAUAGGAAGAUAUCGUAUCAACGGCUACAACAGCAAAUAGCGAGUAGCAUCAUGUCUUUCAACUUUGGUGGAAACACUGGAAACAACGCGGCAGGUGGUCAAGCACCUGCGGGCGGCCUGUUCGGAGGAGCGGCUCCUGCGAGCGGAACCGGAGGCUUCUCCUUUGGAAACACCAACACCAGUACCACCGCACCCUCGACCUCGACCCCUCAAACUAAACCUACCUUUAGCUUUGGUGGAGCUGCAACUACGGGAAGCACAACCCCUUCAACAAACCCUCCCGCUGGUAACACCACAUCUACCACGUCAUCUGGCUUGUUCGGGGGAGCUGCCCCAGCUUCGACGGGGACGUUCGGCGGGUUCUCCGGGUUCGGAGCUCAGGCGUCGAGUGGGGCUGGGAGUGCACCGGCGGCAGGAGCGGCGAAACCGCCUCUCUUUGGUGGAUUCGGGAGCUCGACCCCGACUUCUCAACCCCCAGCUGCUGCUGCUGCACCGGGAAAGAGUCUCUUUGGUGCGCCAGCGGCCGGGUCGACCACCCCUGCUCCUUCUGGUGGACUGUUUGGAACAGGUGCAGCUGGGGGAGGACUCUUCGGUGCCAAACCGGCUACUACCGCUCCUUCUACCGGUCUCUUUGGCGCUCAACCUGCAGGAAGCUCGACCCCUGCCACUGCCUCUGCUCAACCGACCAGCAACUUGUUCGGAGCCCCUGCCAAACCCGGUCUCUUUGGCUCGACCCCUGCUUCUACCACUCCUGCUGCUGCUCCGGCUACCACUACCAACACCACCACUGCUCCUGCACCUACUGGAGGUCUGUUUGGGGCUUCUAGUGGGAAACGAGGAGCUGAGGACGAUGGGAACCCUGCGGGUUCGAAAGCUGGAGCUCCUGGUGGAGGACUCUUUGGUGGAUUCGGAGGGGCGGGGACUUUCGGAGCUCAAGCACAGACACAAGCACCGAAAGAAGCCUCGGCACCGGCUGCGGCUCCAGCUCCGACCUUUGGAGGAUUCGGGAAACCUGCCGAGCCGGCGACCAGUUCGACUCCUGCGGCUGCUCCCGCUGCUCCUGCUGGUACGGGAGGAUUCAGCUUCGGUAACUCCGCUGCCAAUUCAGGUUCUACCACCCCUGCCUCGAAACCUCCCGCUGCUGGUAGCCUCUUCGGAAACCUAGGUCAACCUGCGGCCGCUCCUGCUGCGGCUCCCGCUACCUCGGCCCCAGCUCCUGCUCCUGCGGCUCCUGCUGGAGGUCUUUUCUCAUUCGGAGCCAAACCCGCUGAACCCGCUGGUACUGACAAGGACAAAUCGGCGGCUCCUGCUCCUGCUGCCCCCACGGCCCCCGCUGCUGGCGGUUUCUCGUUCGGAGCCAAGCAGACUGCCCCUGCUGCAGCCGCGCCUGCUCCCGCAGCGGACAAACCGGCCGCUCCGGCCGCUUCCACCAACCUCUUUGCUGGAUUUGGUGCUUCCGCCCAGAAAGACCAAGCUGCUCCCGCCGCACCGGCUGCCGAGAAGAAGGACGCUGGAGACAAGCCUGCUGCUCCUGCUACUUCUUCCCUCUUUGGUGGGUUUGGUGCACCUGCCGGAGCUGCUCCUGCUGCAAGCAAGCCUGCCGCUCCUGCCUCUUCCUUGUUUGGUGGUGCGCCAUCAACGUCGACCUCGACCGCGACCGCUCCUCCUCCUAAACCUUCAGCAGGAUCUUCCAAUUUGAACCCGAACAACCAAGCCACCAAGACGGUCGCUCUCGGUGAACAAGCACCUUCGUUCGUCAAGGGCAAGACGUUCAACGAGAUUGUGGAACGAUUCGAGCAGGAGUUGGGUACCCAAGUCAAGACGUUCAAGGACCAGGCUGCGGAAGUAAGAGAGUGGGAUCUAGUUCUGAUGCAGAAUGCUUCGAGCAUCGCCGGUCUGUACUCGGACAUGCAACAGGCGGAGACCGAACGAGCCAACAUUCGUGCUACCCUGGACGCCGUCGAGGCUCGACAAGCCGUGUUGUUGGGUCAGGUUGACGAGUAUGAGCGAGUUGCCAACGAUACCAUGCAAACCAUGAACCAGACCCCUGCCCGACCAGCCGAUCAACAGCGGGCGGAAAUGACUCGUUUGGCUUCCCGCUUGAACGACCAGCUUUACGACCUUUCUACCAACUUGUCGACGAUGAUUGGGGAGAUGAACACGCUCACUGGGAAGUCGUCGACAGAUCAGCUCUCUUUGGAGGGUACAGACGCGCUGGCUUCGGUGACUCAGAUCUUGAGCGCGCACGUCUCGUCGCUUGGCUGGAUCAACGAGAACACCGAAGGCCUAACCGGAAAGGUUGCCGAAUUGGAGAAGCGGGUCAAUGGUCAAUCUUUGGGUCAAUCCACCGGGCCCAGACAGAACCUGAGGGCUUCUCGUCGAUGAUCUUGAUAUGGAACCCGUAUUGUAACGACUGGCAUUAUGAUUGUAGAUUUGUACGAUAGAGCUAAUGCAUAUAUGACAGACUGAAGGCUAGAUGUGUCUAGGCGAGAAGUCGUAAAAAUUGACCAGGAGAUAUUCAUACCAAUGCCAGGAGAUGAGAUACAGAUUGGGAGAUUAGUGCUUUCCGCAGUCGAUGGGAGCUCGAUCGGAACACCUGUAAGGGCAAACAGAAUCAGCCCUCGAUUUCACUUCUCUCGGAUGAAACCAGCGAAACUGACUUGACAUGG